CGUGUGUCUGUGUGUGUAUGUGUGUGUGAGAGAGAGAGAGAGAGAGAGAGAGAGAGAGGCUGGCUACCUGAAUGAACUAGUUUAGUGUAUGUCCAUGUCAGUGCACGUGCGUGUCGGUGUGUCGGGACAGUCGCGCGCUGUUUUGUGUCUGGAGCCGUGUGAAGCAGAAGUGUGUGAGGCGUGAGGAGAGAGAGAGGGAGAGAGGGAGAGAGAAAGAGGAGAGGAGAUCCAGCUGUGAGACAGGUGGUGAGCCGUGACUCCUAAGCGAUGAGGACACACUGACACAGAGGGAAAGAUGCUCAACUUGGAGGAGGAGCCCAUCAAAUACGGAGAGCUCAUCGUCCUCGGGUGUAAUGGCUCAUUCCCAGGAGGAAACCGAGGCAGGAGGAAGAGCCGUUUCAGUCUCUAUAGACGAGAAAGAGCUAAUGGAGUCAAACCAGGAACCGUACACAUCGGCCAUAGUCCAGAGGCAGCCAAGGUGAUCAGUAAUAACAGUCAGCACAGUGUGUCGUACACACUUUCAGACGCUGAGACGGUGGUGGUGGAGUACACAGAUGACAACGAGACUGACAUGUUUCAGAUCGGUAGAUGCACUGAGAGCCCUAUAGACAUCGUGGUGGCGAACCCAGCGGGCUGUAGCCAUAGCAACGGACACUCAGGUUCCUACCAGAGUACGAUCUCUCGCUUCGCAUGUCGGAUUGUGUGUGAGCGCGCCCCGCCCUACACCGCCCGAGUGUAUGCUGCCGGCUUUGACUGCUCCAGGAACAUCUUUCUCGGAGAGAAGGCGGCUAAGUGGCGUUCGUUCGGUGGUCAGAUGGACGGAUUGACCACUAACGGUGUUCUGGUGAUGCGUCCGAAGGGUGAAUUUAGUGGCUCUUCUGAGCCUGGUGUGUGGAGGGAGAUCUCCGUAUGCGGCAAGGUUCACACACUCCGAGUGACCCGAGCUGCUCAGAGCAAGGGCCAGCAGGUGAUGGAUGAGUCUCAGGUGCUGGUGGACGGCUCUCUGAUUGAUCUGUGUGGCGUAACCCUGCUUUGGCGUGCGGCAGCCGCACUCUCGUGCUCUCCUGGACCAGAGCACUUGGAGGAGCUGAGGGUGAAGCUGAAUGCUGCGCGUCCACACUGUCCUGUCCUGCUGCACACUCUGGCCUUCCCCAGCCUGGACGACCCUGAAUCCCAUCAGCCGCGGCAACCCUGGGCCUACCUGUGUUGUGGCCACGUGCACGGCUUCCACCCUUGGCGGGGCAGAGGGACUGCCAUUAAACACGAGGAAGAGAAGGAGGAGAAUGAAGAGGAUGUAAUGAAGGGAGCACGGGAAGGAGAUAAGGAAAGGGAGUGUCCUCUGUGUCGGGCACGAGGCCUGUACGUGCCGCUGACGCUGGGUCGCGAGUCGCGGCUCUGUGUGGAUGCAGGGCCAACAUCUCAUGCCUUCGUGCCUUGUGGCCAUGUUUGCUCAGAGGCCACGGCAGUGUACUGGAGUAAAACCCCGCUGCCUUGUGGCGCCAGUUCUUUUUACCCAGCUUGCCCCUUCUGCCUGAAGCAGCUAGCAUGUGAUAGACCCUACGUCAGGCUCAUCUUUCAGGGAGCGCCAGACUGAGAAUCCGUGUGUAUUUGUGUGUGUGUGUGUGAGUUUGGACAGCUUUCUUCACUGCCAGACUGACUGCUGCUCAAAUAUAAAUGGUAUGUCUGUAACUACUCCUCUGGCCCUGUCUCAUUUGCCUUCCCGUGUUCCCUCGCUCUCACCACGCUGCCAGUGUGUGCUCUCAAACUCUUGAUGCCCUCAAUGUCUUGAAAGCAGUGAUGUUGGCUCACGAAGCCUCGCUUCCACUUGUGUAUCUCACAAUCUUUUAGGAUGUGAGAAAUCCAUGACAUAAAACAGCAUUUUCCAUUCUAAUGGACAAAUUUAAUGUGCCAUUGCUGUAAAUGACUAACUGUAUUGUUGACACAGAUGUAUAUAAUGUUUAUUUAUGUAUAAAUAUAAAUAAAAUUUGGAGCCAAGCAUUUAAUUGGGAUAGCCAAAGCAACUGACCAAUCCCAAGCCCUGCCCAACACUUGGUCACGCUUCUGAAAAAUAGAGGCCAGGGUGAUCCCUGUUGAUGUCGUCUAUACAGAAGGACCCUUGAGGGUCAGAAAUGUAGAACAUUUUCAGUCUUGCUGUGAAAUAGCAGCUCAUGUAAUACCUUAUCUGUUUUAUAGAUUGAUAUGCCAAUCUAGCUAGCUAUUGGCCUAUUUAUUUAAAACUCUUCAGUGUAACACUAGCCUUCUAUGUUUAAUAUCUUAUUUUAUGGUACGAUUAAUUAUCCGGCUAACUGUUUAUGUUGGCUAACUUACUCCAGUGAUAGCCACCCGUUGUAAUGUUAGCUAGCUAAACUCUCAGUCUGAUUGUUGCUUCUCUCUAACUAAGGUUCUUCAUCUAUUUUUAUCAAUUUAAUGCUACUCUUAGCACAACCGUUGUGUCACUCAUCCAGGGACCUUCUGUGAAUAAGUUGUUUGUAUCUUGAGCUUCAACUUGAAAAUAUGUCCCAGAGAAAUGCUGGUAAAAUCCUGAAAGCUUGUGUGAGGCAACCGUGGAUAGAAGCUGUUGCUCAGCAGUGAUAGGACAGCCGAGGAAAUAAGCUGGGGCUUGCGAAUGGUCAAUUGUAAAUGAAAAUUUGUCAAAAUAUCUUUGUUUGAACCCACUAAAAGUCUUUGUGUGUUUUCAGCACUAAGUGAUAUUCAAGUUCAUAUAAAAGCCACAUGCAAAGAUUUGGACUGUUACAGUGAAAUAUGCCAAUGAAGGACAUGUUAUGUAAAAUGUACACUUUCUCAGAUCUUGUGGCAUUUAAUCAAACUGUACAGAAAUUUUGGUAGAACUGGGUGGUGUAUUCUUCACUACACUAUGUAGAAGGCCAUCUUGUGCCCUUACUGCUUUAACAUUCUAUAAACUCUGUGAUAUACCUUUGGUGCUUGGGCCUCCAUCAUCGCUGCGUGCAGUUAUAUUUUUCUCAUUACAGUUUAGAAUUGUUCAUUCCAGUGUAUGACAUGACUUUGAACUUUUUUAUGUUUAAUAUUAACCAUGCUAAAACACUACAGCUAAACUAUCUUACAUUUUGACUCUUGGGCAUUUUUUAAAAUAAAGUUUAAUUAUGAAAAAAA